AUGUUAUGGACGACUUCGUGGCUUCCGACGUCUGCCGCCUCCACAAUCCUCGUCGUCUGUGCCAUUCUUGCGUGGUCCUACGUCGACAGGUCUAAAUCUCUAUACCUCAACCUCCUCGCUGCCUUCGCCUCAUUCGUGCUCUUCUGGACGCUCAACCCAGAUCUAGCCGCUCAGACUCCCUCCGCCGUGUACAGCUCCUGUCUUGAGGUCGCCACUUUCCUUCACCUCGAUUCCCUGCUCGAAUACCAUGCCAACAUGCUUAUAACUGGCGCGGCCUUUGUUUGGUUGGCUCACCGAGCAUGGCAGACACUCUGGAAACCCGUGCCGGAACUGAUUGGAGUCUUGGGCGUCGACGUGCCAGAUGCGCCGGAUGUGUCCCUGGCUGGCAUUCGUGCUGAUGCUGCGACACUCAACUGGACGCGGCCACGCGCCAACCGGCCCGUGGCCAAGUUUCUCAUUCAGGUCAACGGAGUCAAUGUCGGCGAAUCGGCGAAUCUCGAAACUGCCAUCACCGUCACGGGGCUCAAGCCGAACCAUUUCUACAACGUCCGUGUCAUCGCUGUUGGGUAUAACAACUUCCAGGCUGGAAGCCGUGUCAUCCGCCUUCGCACAUUCACGCGAGAUGGACGCCCGCAGUUGGGUGACGGCCGCCUCCCGUCUAAUUUCAUGCCUGAGGAGCAACAGCACGCGAUCAAUCUCGAGACCGUGGACGACGAUGGUGUCGCCAGAAGCCCUGCAGCGGGAGUCGAGACCGCCGUCAUUCCUGAAAGUCCGGCACAGCCACCGCGCGAUGGCGGAAUAAGCACCUCCGGCGCGAUUGGCCGCCGCAACACAUUAACACGGAAGCAUUCACCAUCAACUGCCAGCAUGGACCAGUCCGUCCACGAUGUGCUUGAAAACGGCUCCACAACAUCUUUGCAUGAGCUUGGCGAAAAGUUCCAAAGUAUUCGAACAGAAAUCGAAGAGACACAGCUGCAAAUCACGAAAGACGAGAAGGAAAACAAAGAACUGACAGAUGAGCUCGCCGAAGAGAAGAAAGCCAAGAAACGCGAGCUCAAGGAAAAGGACGAUAUGACGGAAAAGCUCAAGAAGGAGAUGAACUCGACUGAGAGAGCCAUGAGAAAUGCCCAACAACGCAAGACACAGAAGGAAAAGACACUGCGAGAACGGCAGAACGAGCGAAAGAAGCUCGAGGAUGACAUUCUAAAGUGGGAAAAGGACAUGGCCUCCAUGGCCAAACGCCAGGCUACUUUCGAUAAAGACAAGGUCAGCUUGCAGGAGAAAGGCGACUCUCGAUCCGAAGAGCUGCGUGCGGAAAUCGCAGCUCUCCAAGCAAGCCUGGCACAAGACGAGCAGGAGCUCAGAGAGAAGGGUAAAGAGCUCAAGGACGCUGAGGAGCAGCGUAAGAAGCUACCAGGGGGUGAGGAGAGCGAGGAGUGGCGCGAGACGGACCGACAGAUCAGACGUGACUGGGAGCUCCGGGCACGUGAUCUACAACGACAGCUCUUCUCGUCGAACAAGAAACUCCGAAUGGUGUCAGAUUACGGGCGUGUACUUGCCAAGCAAGUUGCCACAGCACGACAGUCUGGCUUGCCCAUGAUGUACGCUCAACCAAACGCAGCCGAGUACGACCAGAACGGUGCUCUGCAAGGACACCUGGAUCCAAUGGGCCAUCCGAUGCAUAGCAGCCAUAAUGCUACGGCAAACACUGUAGUGCCCUCGCCCACAUCCAACUUUGUGCAGGCGGAUUUGCCGUUCCAGCCGACCGCUGGGUUCAGUGGAGGCUCACGAGCACCGGCUCUUCCACCAGGAUUCCUCCAGGUGCCAUUCUUGGACGCUGCUGCCGACUUCUCCAACCCACUUGAUGAGGAUGGGUUCCGUGCCCUCACCGCUGGAGCUCCACUCAGCCCUACCGCUCAUUCUCUCCUGCCUGCUGGCAUGUUGGAUGACCUCCUCGAAGAUGACGACAAUGAUGUAUUUGAAGAUGCCUCUUAUAGCCCUCAACAGCCGCACGUCUGGCCAACAGGUGGAACACCAGAAAACGAGACGCGGUCCCCUGCUUCAUCACCGCAAUCUACAAGCUUGGUAUCCAGUCCUCAGGGAUCGUCUCAGCAUCUCCCUUUCCAACAGCUAGGCGCUGACGCCAACGAACACCGCUCACUGCAUGGUUUUCGUGGCGAUCAUGGGAACCCUUCCUCUCCAGCGGCUCCUGCAUCACAGCUCAAUGGGCGUCGGACCUUUUUGCCAUGGCUGCAUCGUGCACCAAAAUCCGGGGCUGAAGAACCCCCGGCCUUGGGGUCGUUGAAGCCAGGCCAGAGUCAGUCUUUCCCACGUCAAGGCGAAGGGGAUCUGCCAUCCAAUAAGCGGCGGAUCAGCUUUUCGGCGAGCUGGAACAUGUUCAACCGGAAUUCUGCUGGUCCAGACCUUUUGGACUCUAGCCCUCGAGGUCUUUUGCACUCCAGUCGCCUUGGUCUCGCCUCUAAUACAAACAGUGGUAUGUUUGCGGAUCGCGAUCCCAGCAGCCCUCGCCCUGGCUCCAUCGCAUCACAAGAGCUUCCUCGACCAUCCACAGAGAAUGGGUCUAUAUGGGGACGUCCUCUUCCGAAUCGCAUCUGGCCCCAAGAGGAUAAUCCUUGGGCUUCUAGAAACCCGUCGCGCCGGCCAUCUAUCCAUGGCUCUCCUUCGGCCCUCAAGACUACUCUGGCAGAUGCUGAUGACGAGAUUCUGGAUGAUGCGGAGCUUCUGAACGCCUCGCCAAGUCAAGUCGGGGUGAUCGGAACCAGACCCUCGUCCAAGAGUCUCAGUCAACGUUUGAACCCAGCGGCGCCGAGCUUCAUGGGCGCCUUUUUCAGGCCUCGAGGAGACCGCUCCGAGAACGGCAAGGAUGCCAAGGAUUCAAAGGACAAGGGCAAAGCUAAGGGCAAGGACAAAGAUGCCGCCAAGGAGAAGAAGCUGCGGGAGUCAUUCGCUUCCGCCUCGGACUCUUUCAGGCUCUCUGUUGAUGAGUCGCCAUCGGACUCUCGCUACUCUCGAGACACGUUGUCGGUCAACACCCCAUCGAUUUCCGAGUCUCGCGAAUCGCUUAGCUUGGACCAAUCUUUCUCCAACACACCCUCUGAUGCCCUAAAGGAGCAGGAUAACACGUUUAAGAAACUGCUCCGGAAGGGUAGCUCGUCUAAGUUCAGCCUCUCCUCUGUCGGGCGAAACUUCAGUAGCAAGAAGGGUCCUGGCAGCGUCAGCAACUCGGAGAAGAAUACGCCUCUGGAGCGUACAAGCUUCGAGGAGAAUAGCGAAGAGCUCAGCGCCCUUGGCCGAAGUUAUGAGAGUGUAAACAGCAGCCCGCUUAUCGGAGGUCCAGGCGGGGGCAAGAAGGACAAGAGCGGUGGCUGGGGCGCGCGGUUCACCAUGAAGAAGAAGCCGGGCAAGGAGAAAGAGAGCUUGGAUCUGGACCGGUCCGAAUUGGCGCCCAUUUCUCCAGGAAGCGAGGACAAGUAG